AUGGUAGAUAACAAUGAAGAAUCAUAUUCAAUGUAUCCAAAUACUCCAUCAUCUCCACCUCCACCUCACGCAAAUAUGAGAUUUCCCGUGUAUCAACCACCCACUCCAAUGUAUGUCAGUUAUCCACAAGGACCUUACAUGUAUGCUGCUGCACCAAAUCCAAACUAUCACUUUAAAAUGAUGAAUCAAAGUCAGGGUAUGAUCUACCAAGGUGCACCACAACAGAAUAAUAAUAUUACAAGUAUAAGUGGUAAUAAUGGGAUCAACAAUUCAGGAUCUAAGAAAAAAUGGAAUAAUAAUAGCAACAACCUGAUAAAUGGUAGCAGUAAUAUCAAUAUGGUAGGUAAUAAUAUGUAUCAAACUAAGAGCAAUAAUUAUUACCAGGCUCAACAUUAUUAUAACAGUAAUGCCAACAACAAUCAACCUCUAAUUAAUAAUAAAUCUAAUUCAUCAACUGCUUUAUAUGACCCUUUUAAAUUUGAUGUCUCUAAAUCAAACUAUAGUAGGAAUAUUGAUUUAACUACAGAUUUACCACUUUUUUUUAAUACAACACCAGAAGAAUUUUCUGAAGCAAGAAAUAGAAAAUAUGAACUAAAAUUAAAGUCUAUUGAACAGAAACAAAAUAUCUCAGUAUUAAAGGCAAAAGAAAAGAAAAAGAUCACUGAUGUGGGGAAAGCUGUAGAAGCAAUAACUAAGCCAUCAAAAAGUUCCAAUGAGGUUACUGAAUUAGUAAUAAAAACUGAUGUUAAUAGUAAUGUUAAGGCGAAAUUAUCAAAUGAAAAACAAGAAGAAAGAAGUAGGAAAGUUGAAGUUGUUAAAGAAAACGUGUCUUCUGAUAUUCAAUCUAAGAUGGAAAAUAUUUCAAAGAAAGAUGAAAAACCAGUUGUAUUAACCAAGACUAUGAAAUCUGAAGAAUCUACCAAGAAUAAGAAUGAUAAUCAUAAAGAUAAAGCUAAGGACACUCCAACAUUAACAGAAACGAUCAUACAUAAACCAGUUAAACAAAUAGAAACCACUACCACGAAAGUUAUGGAAGUUUCAACUGCAAAGCCAACUCCUGUGGGGACACCAAAGCCUGCUGUAAAAUCAUGGUCAGCUAUUGCCUCGUCAGCAGCCGUAAAGAGUAAGUCAAUUACGACCAAGCAUAUUUCAUCUGUUUCUUCAUCUGCAACUGUAUCGACGCCCAUUUCUGCAUCUCCUUCUUCUAGUGUUAUUACUGUCUCCUCUAAACAACCACAAAGGAAAGACAAGAAUUAUAUUCCUCCAUCUACAAAGGGAUCUGAACCGUUAGGUUCCCUUGCUUUACGUGUCUGUUUUGAUCCAGACUUUGUUAAUUAUACAUUGACAAAUAAAAAGAAUGGUGAGAAUAAAUUACCAGUUAACUCAAUUAUUCCAAGAGGUAUUAUUAAUAAUGCUAAUAUAUGUUUUAUGAGUUCGGUUUUACAAGUAUUAUUAUACUGUAAACCGUUUAUUGACAUUUUAAAUGUUGUGUCCACUAGAAACAUAAAUUCCCGUGUAGGUGAAAUCUCUUGUGAAUUAUUAGAUGCUUGUAUUUCUUUCUACACCCAAUUUGAUCGUGAAUAUUAUGAGGCGGAGAAGAAAAAUGCCAUUAAUGAAAAAUAUGCCCAUGAAUCAAAGAAAGAAAAAAAGAUCGGUAUUUCAAAACAAUAUGAAAGAGAAGAGUUUGCUUCAGUUGUCAAUUCAGUUAAACCUGAUCAAUUUUACCAGGUUCUAUCAAAGAUUCCAAAAUUUAAAGAUCUACAAUGGGGUCAUCAAGAAGAUGCAGAGGAAUUCUUAACACAUUUAUUAGAUCAAUUACAUGAAGAAUUCAUCUCAUGCAUUGAUUGUCUAACAGAAAAUGAGAUUCAGAAUCUAUUACAAAGUAUUAAAGAUGAGCCACUUAAGAUAUUUUUUAUUAGAAAUUUACAACGUUACAAAAAAGCUACAUUUAUUCAAAACGCCUCAUCUCAGUUCAAAGAUUUGUUACACAAAUAUGGUGUGAUCAGUGAUGAUGAUUCAAAAGAUAACGAUGAUGAUGAUGAUGGCUGGCAUGAAGUAAGCUCUUCAAGUAAAAAGGGUAAGAAGACUAAAACUGCUGCUAAAAGAACUGUUGAAGUUACUCCAUCGCCAAUAUCUGAAUUAUUUGGUGGACAAUUUAGAUCUGUAUUAGAUAUUCCAAAUAAUAAAGAAUCUCAGUCUAUUACAUUGGAUCCUUUCCAAACCAUUCAAUUGGACAUCUCUGAUAAUGAUGUGAGUGAUUUAGAAUCAGCAUUUAAGAAAUUUAGCGAAUUUGAAUUACUACCAUUUAAAUCAUCUAAAGGCAUAGAUGUUGAGGCUAAAAAGCAAACAUUCAUAGACAAAUUGCCCCAGGUCUUAUUAAUACAAUUGAAGAGAUUUGCCUUUGUUAGCACCUCUGAGGAAGACAAAAAUAUGGCUAACUAUAAUAGUUACAAUGGACGUAUUGAAAAAAUUAGAAAGAAAGUUAAUUAUCCACAUCAUUUAACAAUUCCAAAGGAGACUGUAUCUUCCCAGUUUUUGAAAUUUAAUGAAAGUAAUAGACAAUAUGAAUUAUCUGGUGUUAUCUAUCAUCAUGGCGUUAGUCCAGAUGGUGGACAUUAUACAGCAGACAUAUAUCAUAAGGAAGCGGAUAAGUGGUACAGAAUUGAUGACAUCAAUAUUACACCAUUGAAACCUGAAGACGUCUUAGAGGCUGUUGAAGAAGGUACCAGUUCAAGAACUGCAUAUAUUUUGAUGUAUCAAAAGGUUUAA